AUGUUGGAACCGCUAUGCUACUUCAUCAAGCUUCUUUUUUUCAGCCCCAUCAACAUGGUGUAUUCCAGAUUAUUUCGUUUUCGAGGCAUUGAGAGAGACGUAGGAUGGAGACGUCUCCUCGUAAUUGUUCAAAUGAAAACGAUGUCAGAAUAUCUGGAUCUGCCCACAUUGAAGUACCUUGUAAAUCCCUUUCUGAAAGUAAUUAAUCGUAUUGGUUACUGGUGGUAUAGCUGCGGUCCAAAAGACAAACAACUAAGGUGGAUAGCGAGGACUGAAGGUGCGCCUGUCUUGAUCUAUAUACACGGGGGAGGAAUGUGUGUCGAUAUGCCACCUACUAAUAUAAAAUAUCUGCACCUCAUAGAUCAAGAAGUCUCUCCACUUUCGAUUGCAUCUUUGGAAUAUACACUUUGCUCGUCAUUCCCAGUUCCUGUAGAGGAGGCGUGGAGGGCAUAUGAAACAGAGGUAACUAAGGGCAACAUAGUUUAUCUAAUGGGUGAUUCAGUAGGCGGAGCACUCUGUUUAAACAUCCUACAACGAUGUUACUCCCAUAAUGUGAAAUUUCCCGAGAAGUGCGUUGCCAUUAGCCCUUGGCUGAAUAUAACCAAACCCGAAAUUCACUUGAAAGAUGGCCAUCCAUUAGACUACAUGACAUGGGGCCUACUAGCCCUAUUCAAGAACAUUUACGCCCCUCGCUCCAAUCCUAACGAUCCCUCUUUAAACAUAGAAUCCAACUUCCAUCCAGAAGUGUGGUCCUCCAUUCUCCAGGACACUCAACUAUUGAUUACUUGCGGCGAACAAGAAAUUCUCCGGCCACAAAUCGUAAGAUUCUUUUCAAAGCUUCACCAAAUCAAUCACAAUAAUGUGCAGCUAUUAGAAGAAACGCUUGGUGUUCAUGUUUCCACUCUUUUAUUCGAUCCAUGGACCUAUCCGAAGAGAGCUGAAACAAUGAAGGAGAUAAUGCAUUUCUUACAGAAAGAUGAAAAAAUUGACAAAGCAGACAUAAAUUUAUAA